AUCAUCAGUGGCAAUACCAUUUCUAACCCAUCAAUGUGCUCUCCCCCUCCCAUCCCUCUCCUUCUAGAUGGUAUAUAAGCCCUGGCUGUGCUCGCAGUACUUCCAGACCACCCAGAUCCACUGCAGUAAGAGGAUCCCGUGUGGCCAGUACUGUCUGGAGGUGCAGCAGAGGUGUCCCUUUAUCCUGCCUGACAACGACGAUCUCAUCUAUGGAGGAAGUCCCAGUUUUAUAUGCACAGGGCUGCUGGAGGAGUACCCUGGGGGUGUAGAGGCAGAGUGCUGUGAUGUCCGGUGGGACUUCAAGAUGGAAGCAGACAACAACCGUUCUCGGGGGACCCUCAAAAGAACUCACCCAUCCUGUCUUCACCGAAGCUCUCUCAGUUCCUCGGCCGCGUGCAGACUGUGCAACAGCCGGCUCAAACUCUGCCUGCUUGUCCUUGUCCUCCUGCACACUGUUGCCUCCCUCACCGCAUCCCACAAUGCAACGGGAGUGGGCUUGGGUCUUCCUGCCUCCCUCACCCCUCUGGAGGAGAGUUCCCCCACCAACGAGGAGUGAUGGGAUGGCUGAGGACCUACGUUGUCAUGGCAACAGCAUGGCUAUGAGGAUUUGAAACAUCUCUGCCUUGGUCGGGAAUGCUAAGUGCUGUGGACUUGACAUCUGCAGCCGUCGUGCUUUCUGGGUAAUGGAGUCUUUGCUGAGGUUUGGGACUACUUGGAGACAUACAAAUCAAUCAAAACAAACAAACAAACAAACAAAGAGAAAAAAACCAUGACUGUGGUGGGAAUGUGGGACAAUGCCACAGUCUGACUGUGAAGGCCUCCUCACUGCUGAGUUUCUCUCUGCUCUUUUUUUACACUGUGUUCCUGUUCUGGCUUUUUGUUGCACUGGCUGACUACGGGAUAACAUUCACUCUCCCUCUUUUUGAAUUUCCAUCCUUUAUGUUUUAUGAUGUUCCUUCCUUUCUCUUGCACAGGAAAAUGUCUCAUCGAUAUAGGAUAGGUAACAUGUAUCAAAAAGCAAAGUUGUGAGUGUGUGCAUGCUUGUGUGUGUCCACUCUGAAGUCUCCCCUUAUUUGGGUUCCCAUUCCUAAAGAUUUUUUAGAUGUAGGAAAGGACUGUAAAAUGUUAGUAGUAAUUUGUUCUCAUGUUCUCUCUCACAGUAUCCCUGGUAAAGUUAACACACACCCACAUUUCAUCAGAUUACACUACUGGCCAAUCUCUCAAUAUAGAAGACAACCCCUAGAUAUACGAAUAUUCCACUCUGAAUUCUGUCCCUACCACACUGUUCAUUCUCUAUGACAUCUUCUCAGUCCAGCACUCAACACAGGAGGUGUGAUGUUCUAUUUUCUGUUUAUUGUUUUGUCUAAUCAAGAUGUGUAAACUCUAUUCUGUACUUGCAUGUGGAGGCUCUCUUAAAUUAUGUGAAAUUCACGGCCUUGUUGGUUUGCUUUGCGUAGCCUUAGCCAUGCUGUGUUACAGAACACUACUGCACCCCCAAAAGACCACCAGUAUGGUAUCAGUGUCUUCUGUGUUUCACUGCAUUGUUCAGAAAAUGUUACUUAAAUCUCACAUUAAGUAAAGGGCUUAUUGCUAUGUACAUAUAUUCACACAUCAAAGACGUAUGGCUUAAGGUAUCUCAUUUGACACUGCAUGCUUAGGGGUACAACUUCAAAGGUAAGCAUUUGCUUACAAGGCGGUUCAUGCUUUGCUAUAGAGAACGGGCAGGUGUAGGACCCAGUAUGGAGAAUGUUUGAGGAGAAACGUUGGGCGGCAGAGAGGUUGAGAAGCUCAGCGGUAGAUGUUAGCAUUGCUGUUCGCAUAAUAGUUAAUGAUAGCUGGAAGAAAAGGAAAUAUUUAAGGGCUGUUUAUAUUCUUUGUCCCGUUUUCUAGAUAAUGAGCUGAUGGAUAGGUGAGUCAGGUUCUGAUAGGUGGGUCAUUGUGAAGUCUGUCUGAUGUUUACUUGUUGUCUCACUCAUAUUCAUUACGCAUUCACAACCUCCGGGAGAGUUGGGGAAUAUGACCUGUAAACUCGGAGCAACGAGGUGUGUGCGUUCACGUGCUUUAAAACUGGUUGACACAUUAAUUCACUAAUUAACAGCAAACUAGUUACCUUAACCAUAAACCAAAAGUAGAGCUAUCGCGCUCAUAAACAAAUUAUAGUGUUAAAAAUACAUUUUUGUGGUUGCAUUUAACAGGCAAAAUGCUGUCAUCGAAGUAAUUUCCUUAGGUGACGUCACAGUUCAGAAUGUCAGAGGUGUCGGGGUCCAAAUCAAUACAACAAUACCUUACAGUGAAAAGUGUACUUACAAGCCCUUAACCAACAAUGCAGUUUUAAUAAGAAUAAGUGUUAAAAAAUGAUUUACUAAAUAAGAUAAAGAAAAUUAACAAAAAAAUUAAAGAGCAACAAUAAAUGAACAGUAGCGAGGCUAUAUGCAGGGGUUACCGGUACAGAGUCACUUGUGCGGUGGCACAAGUUAAGGUAAUUAGGUAAUAUGUACAUGUACUGUAGGUAGAGGUGAAGUUACCAUGCAUAGACAACAGAGAGUAGCAGCAGCGUAAAA